AUGCUAACGAGGGACUGCCUGCUGCUGUUCCUGUGGAUCCUCGUCAACGCAGGCUCAGUCUCGUCCUCGCGCCCCCCCUCACCGCCGCUGGGACGGAGCCGGGCGGGCAGGGAGCACGCCAGGGGCUUGGUGGGCUCCAUGAGGAAUGGGGGGGCCGGAUACCAGCGGGUCAAGAGGGGCUGGGUGUGGAACCAGUUCUUCGUCCUGGAGGAGUACAUGGGGUCCGACCCGCAGUAUGUGGGAAAGCUGCACACUGACCUUGAUAAGGGGGACAGUGUGGUGAAGUACACGCUCUCGGGGGACGGGGCCGGCUCCAUUUUCACAAUUGACCAGACGACAGGGGACAUCCAUGCCUUAAGGAGUCUUGACAGGGAGGAGAAGCCUUACUACACCCUGCGCGCCCAGGUUGUCGACCUCAGCUCCGAUCGGCCGCUCGAGCCCGAAUCUGAAUUUGUAAUCAAGGUCCAAGACAUCAACGACAACGAGCCAAAGUUCCUGGAGGGGCCGUACAGGGCCAGCGUCCCCGAGAUGUCCCCAGUAGGGACGUAUGUGACACAGGUGACAGCCACCGACGCCGACGACCCCACGUACGGGAACAGCGCUCGGGUGGUGUACAGCAUCCUGCACGGACAGCCCUACUUCUCUGUCGACCCCAAAACAGGGGUUAUAAAGACAGCCUUGCCCAACAUGGACAGAGAGGUGAAGGAACAGUACCAGGUAUUAAUCCAGGCCAAGGACAUGGGGGGGCAGCUGGGGGGGCUGGCCGGCACCACCACCGUCAACAUCACCCUGAGCGAUGUCAACGAUAACCCGCCGCGGUUCUCCAAAAGUUUCUUUCACCUGCGAGUUCCCGAGUCGUCGGCGCUGGGCUCGGCCGUGGGAAGGAUCAAGGCCCACGACCUGGACGUCGGGAGGAACGCCGAGGUGGAGUACACCAUCGUGCCGGGCGAUGGAGGCGCCAUGUUCGACAUCACCACCAACAGCCACAACCAGGAGGGCAUCAUCAUCCUCAAAAAGCCCCUGGACUACGAAAGCAAGAAGGCGUACACCUUUAAAGUAGAUGCCACCAAUGCUCAUCUGGAUCCGCGUUUCCAGAGCUUUGGGGCCUUCAAAGACACAGCAACCGUGAAGAUUAACGUUUUGGAUGUGGAUGAGCCCCCGGUGUUCAAUAAGCCUUCGUAUGUGAUGGAUGUGCAUGAGGACACACCCGCAGGCACCAUCAUCGGAGCGGUGACGGCACAGGACUUAGAUGCCAGCAGCAGUCCAGUCAGGUAUUCCAUCGACUGGAAGAGCGACAUGGACAGCUACUUCGACAUCGAUCCGGUGGAAGGGACGAUUUCCACCAACGAGCAACUGGACCGAGAGACCAUCGCCCAGCACAACAUCUCCAUCGUGGCCACCAAACUCAACAGCCCGGUCCUGACCAGUCGAGUGGCCGUCACCGUCCACGUCCUGGACAUCAACGAGUUCCCGCCUGAACUCUCCAGUCCUUACGAGACCUUCGUGUGUGAAAAUGCUAAAAUGGGACAGGUGAUUCAAAUCUUUGGUGCCAGAGACCAGGAUCUCCCGCCGUCUGGACAACAUUUCUCCUUCAAAUCGCCAAAGGAAGAUUUCAAAAGCAACAAGAAUUUCACCAUCCGAGACUUUGGAAAUAACACGGCUGGAAUCGUAACGAAGCGGAACGGCUUCAGACGGCGUUUGCAGGAGAUCUACUUCCUCCCCGUGGUGAUUGAGGAUAAUGGCUACCCGCCCAAGAGCAGCACAGGCACCCUGACCAUCCGCGUGUGUGGGUGCGAAUCCGACGGAUCCCUGUUGACCUGCAGCGCCGAGGCCAUCUUCCUGCCCGUGGGUCUGAGCACCGGCGCUCUGAUCGCCAUCCUUCUCUGUAUCAUCAUCCUGUUAGUGAUCGUGGUCCUGUACGUGGGCCUGAGGCGGCAGAAGAAGAAGGAGACCCUCAUGUCGUCCAAGGAGGACAUCCGGGACAACGUCAUCCACUACGACGACGAGGGCGGCGGCGAGGAGGACACGCACGCCUUCGACAUGGGGACGCUCCGCAACCCCAAGGUGGUCAAGGAGAACCUGUUCCGCAGGGACGUCAAACCCGAGCUGAAGCGAGACCCCCGGCCGCCCGUCUCCAAGGACAGCGCCGACAUCCGGGACUUCAUCCACCAGCGUCUCACGGAGCACGACAGGGACAACUCCGCCCCCCCCUACGACUCGCUGGCCACGUACGCCUACGAGGGCGGCGGCUCCGUGGCCGAGUCGCUGAGCUCCAUCGAGUCGCUGGCCGUGGAGCUGGAGGAGGACUACGACUACCUCAACGACUGGGGGCCGCGCUUCAAGACUUUGGCGGGAAUAUUUGGGGACCAGUCGGAAACUCGGUCGGACUCAACGACCACAGAGACUCACUGA